GUCUUUUGUUGGAGCUGUGGUUUCGAACUCCUGUCGUCAGUUUCAUUUUUCUCAAGCUUUCUGCAAGUUUAUCGAGGCGAUCUUUGUGUUUUUUGGAGUAAAAUCAUCAUGGCUUCACCAGCAAGUGUUAACAGAAGCUACGUCGAACAGCUGCGAUUGGAGGCUAACUUUGUUCGCACUCCUGUAUCCAAGACAGCGCAAGCUCUCGCCCAGUAUGUCGAGGAAAAUAUGAAUUCAGAUCCGCUGGUUACUGGAGUUUCAAGUUCGCUGAAUCCCUACAAAGAGAAGUCUUCGUGUACUUUAUUCUAGCGUCGAACAACAGUUAUAUAUAUAUGCAGCGUGCGUGUGCUUGUGUUUUGUUGACUGUUGGCGCCUAGAGCAUUGGUGUGCAGCAUUUGAGGAUAUCUUUCGUUUUCGUUGGUUUUUGUCCCGCGCCGUAAUUCCUUUUUCUUGCAGUUUGACUGAAAAUUUAUCGCCUGAUGUACUGUUUAAACUUUUUUUUUUCAUCUGCACCCGAGUUUUGCUUUUGCUGUUGUUGCAAGUCAUCCAGAUGUGGUUUUGUGAUCUGUCUACGCUUUGUAAACAAAGAUCUAUCUGAGUAGCAACCGCCCUCGAAUUUUGACCUACGUUGGAACUUAGCUCUGGGAAGACUUAUUUAUUUACCUCUUAGAGAUGUGCUCAAGAAACCCGCAUACGUUUAAUCUUAUGGCAAACAAGCCAACAGAUUGUCAAUUUAAUUUAAAUGAGAUUAUUGUAUUUAUACAAACAGUUUUUCCAUGAAAUUGAUUCUUGUAUGGGCUUACUGGACACCUGUAAGUUCACGUAUACCAUAAUUUAAUGGAUUAAAUGAUUGUAAUUUAAAAAGCUAUAGAGAUUUUUCGCUCUUUGGGAGUAGCUACCAAAUAACAACCACUUGAGGCAACUUGAGUUACAUCAGUUCCUUGUGCUGGAAUUCUUCAAAGAACAAGGGGUAAGGGUGCAUUGGUGUCUUUUUUUUUUUUGAGGCCAUUGUUUUAGUUUUUUGCCCAUAAGUUUGCAGUUUUUUUGUUACUUUUAGCCCCUUCUUUCUUGAGUGGUUUUACAAAAAGUUUUGUUGUUGUUGUUCGUUUUUUGUUUUUUUUGUUUUUUGUGGAGGGGGGGCAUUUACUUUCAUCAUAUUUACUUUCAUUGGUUCAUUGGUGUUAAGGUACAAUUUCUGCAAAGUUUUAACCUUUCAGUCUGUAAGAGUGCCCAGUGUCAAAUUCUUCUUUGUCUCAGUGCAUAUAGAAACACAGUGGUCUGAGAAUAAAAAAUAUAUAAAAAAACAUGAUCACACAAGAUGAAUUUAAUCAGUACUUUUGACAACUUUUCCCUUCUACUUCUAUAGAAAAUGUACAGGAAUGUACAGGGGUAGCAAAUGAAAAUUUUCCUUUUGAUAUUAGGGUUUUGAAGGGUAAUAAAUCAGUUACAGUGCAGCCCCCCCUCCCUCACCCCUUCAGGGUACCACCCCAUUUAAUAUACUGCCCCCUCAUUAUUACAAUCAGGCGCAAAAGUACAUGGCUCCACUCUGCAAGGGCAUUUAAGUUCUUUUAGAAUCGAGAGUGACAUUUGUAAAUUUUGAUCAUUCAAGUAAAUUAUGCAAGUUUUCAAUAUUCAUCUACUUUAAUUUGUGUUACUUUGUUUUGGAUUUUUGACUAUUUUCUUCCAGUCUCACCAAAAUUGAUAGGUCGUUAUAUUUUCUUUGUCCUACCAUUGAAGUUAAAGGGCAUGACAGAGCUGAACAUUUCUUUCUCAAAGGAUGUUAUGAUUCUAAAUCAUCCCACUUGCAUUUAUAUUUUAGUCCAUUACAAUAAUAUUUCAUAGAGCAUUAUUCAGUUAGUUCUGUGAUUUUGUUGCAGAAAGAACUGUUUAACCAACAGUUGUUCUCAAUGGUGGAAGUAAGAAAAGGACUUUACUCUUCCUUUUUAUUUUCUCGUGUAAAUCAGGUCAGCUUUUUGGCUUAGUUUCCGUAAGAAAGCACCAAGUUUUUAUCUAAAAAAGUCAAUCAUAGCAUCACUUUCACUCUAAUGUUAAGGUACUAAGCGCACAACUGUAAAAUGCUCUAUUGCAAUUGGAUAUAGAGUGAAACCUACUGUGAAAUAUAUCAUUAAUUAAUUGUUUAUUUAUUGUCAUCUAGUUUUGCUUAUCAAGGAGAUGUCAAUGUAAUGAAAUUAUGGAAAUUAUUAAUAUAAAUGAUUAUAAUAUGUGGCACUGGUGUACUCUUGUACAUUAUAUUCAUUCAACAAAUUAAUACUCAAAUAUGUGACACUUGUUUACUCUUGUUCAUUAUACAAAUAAAAUAGUAUAAAUUUAUUGAUUUUAAAUUUUAAUUUUUUCGAUUUUACAAGUGGUUCAAACUCCUCUUAUAAAUAUAACUAAUCACAACAGAAAAUAGCAUUUAAAUUAAGGUUAGAAUUGAACCACAGCACAUAUACUGGUAAUUCAGAGGUUUUCUUAAUUCUUUGUGCUUAAGAGGAGGCUAAAAAAAAAUCUCUGAGACCAGGAUAUAGGAGAAUAAGAAGAGGCUAAAAAAAAAAAGUUGCUGAUUCUUUGAUGAGACCAGGAUGUACCAAAGGGAGAAGGGUUUGAGGUGAAGGACAGACCCACCUGUUUUGACAUUAUUUAAAAACUAAAAUUUUUUUAACAUAGAACAAAAGCGAAAGGGUGUGUCAUGGACCCCUUAAACCAGGAUCUAGGAAAAACAAUUUUGCAUUAUUUGAUUGCAAAAACUUUGAUGAGUUGCUGGGGUUAACUUACAGGUGAUGGUCCAGGUGUACCAAAGGUGCAUUGAUUAAGGUCAGGGUUUGAGGUGAAGGAUCUUGGGUCAGACCUGGACACCUGUAAUUAAGAUACAGUAGCAGCAUAUUUAUUAUCAUUUAAAAACUAAAAUUUUUUUAGGUAACAUAGAACAAAAGCGAAAGGGUGUGUCAUGGACCCUUACCCCAACACACACCCACACACACCCCUCCUAGAUCCUCUGACAUGAUCGUUAGAUUUUUAAUUCUUCCAAGUGCUUCAUCAAAAUCUAUCAAAAAUGUUAUUUAAUCAAAAAACCAAAAAAUGGCCUUUUACUAACUUUUUCACCUGAUUUUACAUGAAAUAGACAGAUUUGGUUGCCUUAUGCUGAAAAGUGGAUUUUUUCAAAAGAGCUUGAUACUUUGCUUAAAGAAGAAUUAUAAAUUACAAUUUUGAAGUACGACGAUCUUCGACAGUUUCCGUAAACUCUCGGUAAUCUUCGUACUACUUCCGUUUUCCUUACUGCUCAUACUCGGUAGGAAACCUCACCCACUGCUCGGCUUUCAUUUUAUGUGUUGUGUGUGAAGAUCAAACUCUGUAGCAUCACUCUACUGUUGGAAAGAGAAAUAUUCCAGGUGACAGACACAGUCCUAAAGCGUUCAGCAGGCCGUUCCUUGCCUUUUGGAUUUCAUAAUGUCGUAUGUGACUACAAGUGAGACCUACAGACUUCAGAAAAUCGUAGUGGAUCAGCUUAGAACAGAAAAGAAUGUGCGCCGCAUCAAAGUGUCUGAAGCCGCAAACGAACUGAAAAGCUACGUGGAAAAAAUCCAGCGAGAAGAUCCUCUGGUGACUGGUGUUCCGGGCAAUCAAAACCCUUUCAAAGAAAAGAGCUCUUGUACUCUGAUCUAG